CGCGUCCAGGGUAUCUUAAGGUCCCUAUUGUCUACUUCUUAACCUGACUGUCAGUCCUACCCAAAGAGAGGGAAGGCGAGAAGGGAGAGGACAUCGAAAUGCCUGGUAAUCGUGUAUCUUCUUGUCUUUGCAGAGUUGACGGUGGAAUCUCAAACAAUGACUUCGUGUUGGAGUUAAUGAGCAGUUUAACUUGUCAGACGAUAGAUCGACCCUCGCAGACCGAUAUGUCGACCCUCGGUGCUGCAUUCCUAGCUGGACUUGCCACAGGUGUUUGGAAGUCUCGUGACGAGUUGAAAGCGAUCCGCUGUUCUCAAGCGCUGUUUCAACCCAAGGCGUCUAUAAGAGAUAAAUACCUAAAGAAUUUUGACGAAUGGGGAGAGGCGCUGCAUAGGAGUAAAAACUGGUAUAAAUAAGGCUAAACGCCUCCGGUAUUCUACAGAGAUUAAGCGAAUUUUUGCAAAGAAUGUUUGCCUCAUUAGCAUAUAAAGCGUUUAGGUCUGUGAUCGAGCUACAAAGAUAUCAUCUCUAAAUAAUCUGGGUCGGGUUGUUCAAAGCCCGAUUAAGCUAACCCAAGAUUAACAGGAAUUUUGAUUUCAGUUUUGUA